AGAACUCAGAAGCUAAAGGUAGAACGGAGUUUUGAAAAAGCAUCUUUCAAAUCUUGAAUCUCCAAUCAUUGCUCUGAUAUAGGAGGUUGAGAGGGAUCUCGAGCAUUCAUCAGCAAAGAUGUCCGACGGCAUCUCCAUUGACGCAUUGGGUCAAGCCGUGGGGGACUUUAGUAAUCAUGAGAAACAACUUGGAUUUGAUUUAGGAGCUUAUGUUGGUGAUUUGGCUUUUGAAGAGGAUUCAGGCAGUGAGGAUAUAUCAUUGGAGGGACUUCAGCAAGAACUUGAAGAAUGUGAGAGUGAUGAGGUUGUUGCCAAUAUACUGUCCAGUGGUGCCAAACUUAGAGAAUAUGCUAAAGGUGUGGAAAACAAUCUUCGGAAGGUCGAAUUGGAUUCCAUUGAGGAUUACAUAAAAGAGAGUGAUAACCUAGUCUCGCUUCACGAUCAGAUUCACGACUGUGACAGCAUCUUGUCACAAAUGGAAACUCUCCUCAGUGGAUUUCAGGAAGAGAUUGGUUCUAUAAGUUCCGAUAUAAAAAUUCUGCAAGAAAAAUCUAUGGACAUGGGUUUGAGAUUGAAAAACCGCAGGGUGGCUGAAUCAAAGCUAGCAAAAUUUGUCGAAGACAUUAUAGUGCCACCAAAGAUGAUAGAUGUAAUUGUGGAUGGAGAGGUGAAUGAAGAGUACAUUAGAACGCUUGAAAUUCUGAGUAAGAAACUGAAAUUUGUAGCAGCUGAUCCUGCGGUUAAAAGUUCUAAGGCAUUAAAAGAUGUAGAGCCUGAGCUCGAGAAGCUCCGGCAGAAAGCAAUUUCCAAGGUGUAUGAUUUUAUUGUCCAGAAACUUAUAGCCCUGAGGAAACCCAAAACGAACAUUCAAAUUCUUCAACAGAGUGUGUUAUUAAAGUACAAGUAUAUUAUCUCCUUCCUCAAAGAACAUGGAAAAGAAGUAUUUAUGGAUGUUCGUGCUGCAUACAUUGAUACCAUGAACAAGGUGUUAAGUGCACAUUUUCGUGCUUAUAUUCAAGCUCUUGAGAAACUGCAAUUAGAUAUAGCGACAGCUUAUGACUUGAUUGGGGUGGAGACUAGAAGCGCCGGCCUCUUCUCAAGAGCUAGGGAGCCACUGAAGAACCGUUCUGCCGUCUUUGCUCUGGGUGAGAGGAUAAAAAUUAUAAAGGAAAUUGAUCAACCUGCACUGAUCCCGCACAUAGCUGAAGCCAGCUCUCUCAAAUAUCCUUAUGAAGUGCUCUUCAGGAGCUUGCACAAGCUACUUAUGGAUACAGCUACUUCUGAGUAUAUAUUUUGCGAUGAUUUCUUUGGUGAAGAGUCUAUAUUCUAUGAAAUUUUCGCUGGUCCAUUUUCUGUCAUCGAUGAGCACUUCAAUCCCGUUCUUACAAACUGUUUUGACGCUAUCGGCCUGAUGCUUAUGAUUCGCAUUAUACACCACCACCAGCUUAUCAUGUCUCGCCGGGGGAUUCCAUGCCUAGAUUCAUAUUUGGACAAGGUUAAUAUAUCUUUAUGGCCGCGUUUCAAAAUGGUGUUUGAUUCACACAUCAGCAGUCUGCGAGAUGCAAACAUAAAGACAUUAUGGGAAGAUGAUGUUCAUCCUCACUAUGUAAUGAGGCGCUAUGCUGAAUUCACAGCUUCGUUUAUUCACUUGAAUGUUGAAUAUGGCGAUGGGCAGCUUGAUAUAAAUUUGGAACGUUUAAGAAUGGCUGUAGAUGUCUUGAUUCUCAAGCUUGCAAAGUUGUUCCCAAGGCCAAAGCAGCAAAUUGUGUUUCUCAUAAACAACUAUGACAUGACAAUUGCUGUACUGAAGGAAGCUGGACCAGAAGGUGGUAAAAUCCAAAUGCAUUUCGAGGAAUUACUAAAGAGCAACACUUCGUUAUUCGUGGAAGAAUUGCUGGUGGAGCAUUUCAGUGAUUUAAUCAAAUUUGUGAAAUCUCGUGCUUCUGAGGAUUCAAGCUCAAAUCCGGAGAGAUCAAUCACAGUUGCUGAGGUAGAUCCGCUGGUGAAAGACUUUGGAAGCAGGUGGAAGACAGCGAUAGAGUUGAUGCACAAAGAUAUCAUAACUUCCUUCAGUAACUUCUUGUGUGGUAUGGAGAUAUUGAGAGCUGCAUUGACACAGCUGCUGCUCUAUUACACAAGACUUACAGACUGCAUCAAGAAGAUACCUGGUGGAUCUGGUCUGAACAAGGAUCUUGUCUCCAUCCAGUCUAUAAUGUUCGAGAUCAGGAAGUACUCAAAGACUUUCUAAAAGAUAAGAUACGUUAGCUGCUUAUGAAGAGAGAGUGUGUAAGACAGUGAGAUCUUUAAAAGUGAAUCUUAAAGCCAUUGUUAUGCGUUAUAUGAUGUAUUCUUGAGACGUUUUUGUUUUGCUACUGUUAAUCCCAUUUUAGUCUUCCUUCUUUCUCUCGGCUUGAGUGUAAUCAACAGUUUCACUAUUGCUAAAGAUUUGAAACGAAAAGAUGAGAAAAGGAUGAGG